UACGCGCUCUCAUAGCUUCAGUUCUCUUUGAGUUGUUGAAUCCGAUUGUCGUCGUUCACUUGCAAGCCGACAUACGCACGAAACAAUAUAACAACCAUACAAAAUAUUGCUAGCAACUGUUGCUUUUAUCUACGCAAACCAUUUUGUGUGCUCGCCACCAACCCAAUUAGUGAAUUGUGCAAUUAAAAGGAGAAAAUAAAUGUAAACAAGAAAACUGCAUUUGUUCCAAAGCAAAUGUUAGUGAUUACGAGUCAAUUGGUGUUGCAGUGCAUAUUCACCUUCCAGUGAAAUAUUUUGUGUGCUUUCAGUGCGAUUUUUGCUGGUAAGCCUUCGGCGCGCUGCUCUUUUGUGUGUUGUGCUCUUAUCCCUGAACGAAGUUGCAGUGCAGCAGCAUUCUUUGUUGUCACAGGGCGCGCGCAUUGGAAUUUUGCUAACUGCCAUCAAAGUGCCCACAAGUCUUACCCCCCCAAAAACCGUUGCCUAGUUGCAUUACGUAGUGUUUUGAUUUUCACCUACCUAUUUAUUUUACGUUUGGCUUCCCAACGUUAUUCGUUGCUUGGCUUUCUGGCUUACCUUCUUAUUUACAUACUCUACAUGCAUACAUACAGAUAUACCACAUAUAUAUGUGUGAAAGUACGUGUACUCGUCGGACAUACGGUCGGUCGUUUAUGUCAGUGCAUUUGUUGUUGCUAGAAACCGGUUAUUGCUCCCCAACAAAUAGCGUAAAUAUUUCAAAUAAGUAGGUAAGUGUUGCUGUGUGCGGUUCUCCCAAUGAAAGAAGCCAUAAAAGCCAGUGGCGAGAAAAGAAAAAUCUGUAAUAACAAAAUAAGUUAAGAUAGUUUUGCGCUAAAAAAUUCAAAACAAUGAAAAACGAAAAAAUGCACACAAACAAAAUAUCUCAAUUGAAGGCAUAACAGCAACAACAAAAAAUUAUUAAAGUACCAACACGAUUUAAUUCCGAAAUAUAGUGGGAAAACAACAACAACAUACGUGAACAAAUAAAGUCUGCAAGCAACUACAACAACUGUGUCAACGGCAAGUGCAAAAGCUUUGUUUGCUGCACCAAAAACAUCAACGCUCAAUACGAACAAGUGUUCCUAUAUGUACAUAUGUAUGUAUGUGUAAGUAGAUGUGUAAAUAUUUAUAUACGUUCUGCUGCAUUAAAAUCCGUUGCAAAUUCAAUGACACGCGAAGCUGCGCAGUUAAUUCAAAAGGUUAAUUGAUUUUUAAUUAAAAAGAAAGUCGGCACACAUGCACGUACGUAUAUGUAUGUAUGUAUGUAUGAAUAUGUAAAAUACAUAUUACUUUAUUUGCUGUGACUUUAAGUGGAAAUACAGUUUUGUGAAAUUAAAAUAAUAAAUAUAUGUAUGUAAAUGCAAACGCACGACACAAGUGUAAAAAAGUAAAGAAUUCUGUUGCAGAAUUUGUUUAUUAUAACGAGAAUGUGGAAAUAUUAACGCAACUCAACUCAUCAACAGCAAUAAAGAUUUUCCACAAUUUUCUACAUCAUCACAGUUAGAUUUGAAUUCAACAAAGGUCAGCAAUAAAAGCGUAAUGAAUCCGCGAUAAACUCACCUGAAAGAUUGCCACUGAGUUCGCCUUCCAAAGUCUAAAACACUAGUGUUUUGCGAGACACUUUCAAAAAUAAUUUUUUGCUGGAACUUCACAACAAAAAUAAAUCAGCAACACAUAAAUAUAAAAGUACAGCAACCACAAACAAAGCUGUAUGAUGAUGCCUGACAAUGCGCUGAGAAAAAGUCAAUGAAUAUGCGUACAACAGACAGACAAAAAAACAACAACCAAAUAUAAAUGAUAGAAAAGAAAAGUGAUUUGUACGCAUGGUCGGAAGAAUAGCCGGUGGAAAAAUAAAGAAACCCAUAUAAGAAGGCGAAAACGAUUGAUAUUAAAAAAGCAACAACAAUUUACAAUUUUCUAUGGUGAAAAAAUUAGAAACGAAAUCGGAAAUCGUAAAGAUUGAGUCGUCAAACCCGACAAUGAAAGCAAUGAAAACACAUUAGAAAGCAACAACAUCAAAAAACAACAACAACAGCAAAAACAAUCAAUUAAUAGCGAAUAGCAUUAAUAACAUUAUUUGUUAUUAGUAAUAACAAAUAAGUGGUAACAACAACAACAUUGCGCUUUAUACUAUACCGGUGUUCUAAUUGCCAAUAAUAAAGCCGAUAACCACAACAACCACACAACUACAUUGACGACAACAUGAUGGACGUCAAAACAGCGGCUACAAAACAUAGCAGCAACAUGGACAGUGUUUCCAAUGGCAACAAUGAAAUGUUGCCAGCGCGUGAUGAGGUCGAUUUUAUUGCUGUGGCUGCGCACAACAACAACAACAAUAGCAUUUUCGACAACAAAACAAUGAGCAACGGAUUGCAUUCGAAUUCGAAUACAACUUCGACAAUUUUCACGAACUCGAAAACGUCAACCAAUGAACAUUUACAAUAUCAACAACAACAACAACAACAUAAAGAAAUAGCAAAGAACAAAAAGAAAGUUGUCACAAAUGAAGAACCAAAGAAAAAGAGUUCACCAAAAGAGCGCCUCUCCUUGUUCUCCACACUCGGGCGGCGCAUCAGCCAGAAGACGUUGAAACAGAAGGACUCUAAUGCUAACGAAUCCAGCACAGCGCACGAAAAAUCUACAGCUACGGCGACUCCGUCAACAACAAUAACAAACACGGUAGCUAAAAAUGCUGCUACCAACAACAACACGUCUCCCCGCCAGCGUACGUUUGUCAAGAGCUCUUCAAUUGUCCGUCUUUUAGGCAACACCUAUCAGCAGCACGCCAAAAAGCUGGAAAAGCCCCAGUUAAACAUAGAGAAAGGUAAAACACCGUUAGAUGGUAAAUUCCAUACAUAUGGCGGCAGACGUCGCACCAACGGUCCCUAUUUGGAUCGCUUCAAACACUAUUCCAAAGACGAUGCUGAUGUUACCUCAAAUAAAAACAAUAACGAAGAAGAUGCAGAGCAAGCAAUGGACUUCACCGAUGUGCUGGAGUUAGAAGCAGAUACCGCCGAUGAACUGCAACGCGCUUCUAGCGGUUUGGAACGCUUUUGUGAUCAUAGCACGGUGGCGGCUGGUGAGGACGAGGCCGCCGCGGAAUUGGGCAGCAAAACGAUGCGUACGCUGUCGCGCAGCCUCGGACGGCUGUGGGGCAAACGUUUGCAUAGUGUGGACAUAAGCACGCCAGAUCCUGAGUAUAAGGUAUCAUAUUUGGGCAACGUGCUAACCGGUUGGGCCAAAGGUGAGGGUUGCGUUGAAAAGCAACUGAACACACUGUGGCGCAACUAUACCCAAAACAACAAGCCCGACAUGAUCAUGCGCAUUAAGGUAUGCGCCAGUGGACUUAAAGCCACCACACGUCAACACGGACUCACCGAGUACUGGGCCAAUCGUAUCACGCAUUGUUGUGCACCAAAGAACUACCCGCGCAUCUUCUGUUGGGUGUAUCGACAUGAGGGGCGUAAACUAAAACAUGAGCUGCGCUGUCACGCAGUGCUCUGCAGCAAGGAGAAGGUGGUGCAAGAUAUUUGCAAUACAUUGAAGGAGAAUCUGGAGCGUGCACUGCGCGAAUUUAAACGUGAAAAAAUUCUCAAGCAGAACGCUCGUCUCAGCCUGGCCAAUGCAGCAUAUGAAAAUCCCAGUUUGCCCCGACGUAAAAUACUACUCAGUGUCGGUGGUAACAAUUAUCGACCACCGCUAGAGCGUUCCAAGUCCGCACCGAAGUUAAUGGCCAUCGAAGAGGCUAUCGGUGAGGAAGAGGGCGAGGAUGCUGAGGACACUAAUGAGCCCGAAAUGAAACCGUGUUGCCAAAAGGAUUCACUAUACCCUGCCAUGACUUUGGGUCGCAGACGCUGUCGACGUGGUCACUCAAUAAGACGCACAGGCAAACCACGUCCAUUAUGUGGCGUUUCCUUCGAUGAAUCACAAAAGCUUAAGCAUAUUUUAGCCGGAGACAUGAAAGUAGACACUUGCUGUCAUGACAAGCAAUUAACCAAAGAAUGCGCCAGCCAACAGAAAGCUACUACGCCAACCACAGGGUUAACCGAAGAGCAGCGUAAUAGUUAUGGUUCCGAUGACUCGGAUGACUUUGAGAAGUUGCUGAAAUACAAUGACUACGAUGCUAAUACAUCGCUAGCAACAGAACUUUUGCCUUACUUCGAUAUGCAACUGCACAAGAACACCAGCAGCAGUCUCAGCGAUUUGUGUGCGCUGAAGGAUGACGAGGAGCCGCUCAGCUUACUGCCAACCAUCAAUAAUGAUCCUAUGGCACAUCCCGAGGGUGAUCUGCUGCCCAGUGAUUGUGCGCAAGGAAUGAACGGCGACAUAGAGGAGGAGGAAUCGCAUGUUGGCCUCCGACGCAAUGGUGUCUGUAGCGAUGGUGAGGAGGAUUAUCUAGACGCCGAUGAUAUGUACUUUCGACAGUCGAGAAUCUUAAAUAUUUUACACCGCAACUCAAUGCGCAAAAUGGCACAAAUUUCGCUGAGCAGCGACGAGGGUAGCAGCUUGGAAACGAAUGCCUCGGCGCCGCUCCAAUACCGUCACCAAACACAAUCUUCCAUAUCGUCAAACGCGUCUUCGAACGCCACCACCAGCAGCUCGUUGCAGGAUGGACACAACGGUUCCUCAACCGGUAAACGUCACAGUGGCGCCGAUAGCGAUGAAGGCUCCAUAUCGAGCGGCUGUGAGACGGCCAGCACCGUGACGGCCAACCAAGAUGAUCUAUCAUUACAAUACCGUCACGACAAACAGCUGCUGCAGCAACAACAAUCAGCAUUGCAGUACAGCGACGAUGCACACUUUUUCAACAUGGCCGACGCGAAUGAAUCACCCAUCACAGCCGAUGAAAUCUACCAAAGACUCGAAGCGCGUCUGCAGCGUCGUCAAAACAGCGACGCCACCACAUUCAGCAGUUCGAGCACAAUAACACUGAAGAUGAGCACAGGCAGUGACGGCUCUACGCCCCAGUCGCCGAAUGAGCCAAUCACCCAACAGUCCAUAAGUGAACAACCUGCGAAUGCUUUAACGAAUAGUACAACGCGUGUACGCCGUCAACGGCAACGUCAAAUGGUGGCAGCAACACCACCGCCACCCGACUGUAACGCCGACGACACGGACUCGGAGUGCAGCGACGAAUCCGGCUAUGUGGAGUAUCAAGAGCGCGAGAAAACAGUGCGUGAGAAGAUUGGCGAUGUCGAAAGGCGUCAGUUGCAACAGCAACAACUGCAAGAACAGCAACAACAUCAACCUAUUGCACAAAAACGCCAACUCAAGCCACAAUUGCCGCCGAAACCGUUGCCGCGUCGCACUCUCAGCGGCGCCAGCGCGGCCGUGUCCUUGGCAGGCGCUCAGCGUACAAGUAACAGUACCACAGUGUGAAUAUCGGACAGACGUAGCUGGCCGGCUGACUAAGGCAGUGAUGAUUUUGCUGAGCAGAUAAGGCGUGCUUGUAAUUUUGAAUUCGAAGUUAAGUGUAUGCGCUGCAGCAUAGCGCGAUAAGGGUUUGGAAGCUAGCGGCUAGCGUUUUUCAUUGCUUACAUGUACAUGGUUGUGGCUAUGUGUUAAGCGCAUGUUACAAAAUGUUGAGUAUUCAAAAUUUAAAGCCUUGCUUUCGAAUGCGAAAUUCGUCUAUUUUUAUGGAAAAUUCUAUAAGAUAAUAUAUUAUUUUUAUUAUUAUUAUUAUAUACAAAACGAAAAAUAUAGCCUUUUGGCACCUAUUUAGAAUUAUUUUAGUGAAUUGGAAUUUUUUUCAAUAUUUUUCUUUAAUUUCAUAUAUAUGUAUGUAUAUAUAUAUCAUUUGUACAUAUAUAUGUAUAUGUAUAUGUAUAUGUAUGUACUAUAUGUAUAUCUACCAAAAUUUUUACUGCAAUUGCAUUGCGAAUACUUAAAAAUAUUUAAUUUAAAACAAUUAUUCCAAAUAUCAACAAACACAUUAUGGAUUUGUACAAAUUAUUAUUUUAUGAAAGUAUACAUAUGCACAUGUGCUUGGAAAUUUAUACAAAAUGAAUAUAUCGUCAACUAAAAUGCAAAAUAACGUAACAUCAAUUUUCAUAACUUUACAGACGAAGGAAAAACGAUAUAAUAGAAACCACACAUAUUGAAACAAAAUUUGAGUUUUGGUUAUAAAACGGUUAUAUAUUGGUUAUAUCUGACAGCGGAAGCUGAAUAUUUUAUGAUACAUACAUACAUACAUAUAUGCAAUUUCGUUUUUUAUACCCUGAACAGGGUAUACAUAUUAAGUUUAUCACGAAGUUUGUGACACCCAGAAGGAAGCGUAGGAGACCAUAUAAAGUAUAUAUAUAAAUAAUUAGUAUGUUGAUCUGAGUCAAUUUAGCCAUGCCCGUCUGUCUACCUGUCUGUCCGUCUAUCUGUAUAUAUACGAACUAGUCCCUCAGUUUUUAAGAUAUCGUUUUGAAAUUUUGCUAACGUCAUUUUCUCUUCAAGAAGCUGCUCAUUUGUCGAAACUGCCGAUAUCGGACCACUAUAACAUAUAGCUGCCAUACAAACUGAACAAUCGGAAUCAAGGGCUUGUAUGGAAAACUUUCACAUUUGACAAGAUAUAUUCACGAAAUUUGGUAUAGAUUAUUUUCUAAGGCAACAAUGUAAUCUCCGAAGAAAUUGUUCAGAUCGGUUAACAAUAGCAUAUAGCCGCCAUACAAACUGAAUGAUCGGAUUCAAAUGCUUGCAUGGGAAACUUCCUCAUUUAACGAUAUAUCUUCACGAAAUUUGGUAUGAGUUAUUGUUUAUAGAAUAAUGUAAUAUCGAUAGAAAUUGUUCAGGUCGGCUCACUAUAGCAUAUAGCUGCCAUACAAACCGAACGAUCGGAAUCAAGGGCUCGUAUGGAAAACUUUGCAUUUGAAGUGGUAUCUUCACGAAAUUUGACAUGGAUUACUACUUAAGGUAAUAACAUAAUCUCCGAAAAAAUUAUUCAGAUCGGAUUACUAUAGCAUAUAGCUUCCACACAAACUGGACACAUAGUUACUAAAAGAAAUGCACCUGUGAAGGGUAUAUUAGCUUCGGUGCAGCCGAAGUUAACGUUUUUCUUGUUUUGAUGAUACGUUUUUUUGCAGUUUAGGUGACGAAAUGUUUUUUAGGCACUUACAUAUAUGUAUACACAAGCAGUAUGCGCCUGCAUUGUUACAUAAAUCCGUUUGGCGCCAAAAUUAAUAUUAAUCAAUUUUUUUAAACAAUAUUUAUUUUUUUUUAAUCUACUAGUGCUUUAUUUUUUUAUAUAAUUAAUAAGUUGUGAAUAUAUUUUAUAUUAUAUAUAUUGAAUAUUUAUAUACAUACAUAUAUACGUAUGUUUAUUUGUACAUAUGUAUAUUUAAAUAAUCACAUACACACUUUUGCACAAAUUGGGCUAUUUUUGUUUAAAAUUAAUAAAAAUUCAUUUUAUACUUUACAAAACUAAUUCAAUUAAGUAACUUUUCAAUUUUGUGCAAAAUUAGCAAAAUUAAAUAAAUAAAUUUUUUAGUUAUACAUUUGCGAAGCAUUAAAAUUGCGCAUUUUGAAUAAAAAAUAUAUAAAAAAGUGAAAAUUGCCUCAAAAUGAGAAAUUGUUAAAUAGCAAUAUAUAAAACAAAAAAAAAACAUACAAACAUAUAACAGUUUCAGGGAGCCACUCUAAUGCACGCACUAUUUAAAGAUGAAAACAAUGAAUUAAUCAGUUAUUUCUAUGGAAAUGCAAGCAUUUAUCGUCUACACAUUUUUUAUCGCACUUUCACAUUAAAUAUAUAAAUUUAUAAAAUAUAUGCUUAUGUGCCUCACCAAACAAACCACAACGCACAUUCAAAUGCAUACAAAUUAUUAUUUUUCCUUAUCACCCAUUUGUACAUAAAAAAAAACAUUUUAUCACAUUAUACAUAGCUCUACAUACAUAUAUGCAACAGCUUUACCAUUAAAGUUAAGGCUUGAAACAUUAUUUAAUUUAACUUUUACACAUACAAACAUAGAUAUGCAUAGUUGUAUAUAUGAAUAAUGAAAUUUCUAUGUCAAUUAUUGUUAAAGGUGAUUGCGUAGCUUAGAAUGUGUACAUUUACAUCUACUAUACUAUAUAAAUGUUAGGGAAAUAUGUAUUUACGCACGUAUGUAUGAACAUAUGUAUGUCUGCAUUGUUGUUAUUUCUGUAACAUGUAUA